AGAUGGUGUGUUGUUCGCUAGCGUGUCGCACGUGGCUGGCCUCGAUACGAGCCGUCAUGGCACUGGCGCCUGCGCCCGGGCUCCUAGCGCCCGCUCCAACAGUCGGUAUCGGACGCUGGCCGACGCCACAGCUGGCGGUGGUGUUGGAAUCGCGCGAGAAUAAAGGGGGGUCGACGGCUGCCUGCGUGAGUCAACGGGUGGUUAAUGGCUACCGCACCCAGUGAGGUUGGAUGUCGUCGGAAUUCUGAGGCACAGCUUGGCGUCAGCCCUUGGCCGCUCGCAUUACACUGGCUGAGCUAUCCCUCGCUCGUGUUGGCCUCGAGACGGAUAUGUCCUGUUUGGGUAUUGCUUACCUGGAAGGACUAGGACAAACCAGCCCACAAACCGAUUUAUGGCUCUUUGCGAUAAUACUGUGUACUGUCGCGGUUCCGAAGGGUACGAGAAAAUGACGAGCUAACAGUCGUCAUAAUAGCGCUAGAAACGGGUUGAAUAAAAAUAGACAAAGGCUCAAAGCAAGCGAAUCUAAGCCGCUAGUCUCCGCCACUUUGCCCUCCACGUGCUGGCAUGACACGCUUUCUCUCUUUCUUCCGGAGCUCCUUUGCCCCCUCCAUCUUCCUUUCCAGCUCGACCCUCUUGCGUAUCCGCUCCUCCUUUUCCACCCCCCUCCUGGCCCGUUCCUCCUCCACGGUAAGAAGCCCAUGCGCCUUUCUGUAUGCCGCCUCCCUCGCCCUUUCUUCCUCAUGCUCCCUCAGCGUCUCGACGCUGAGCGGCGUCCCGAAGAACUGGACCUCGGUCGUCUCAUCCGAGCCUUCGCGGAGCCGCAGCCGCACCGCAUACCGCCGGUCGUCCAGGGCCCGGCCCAGGAAGCACACGGGUGUGGGCC